AUGGCUGUCCCCAACCCCCAGCAGACAGAGGCGGACCCUGCCUCUGCCCCGCCUUCGAAGCCCAUUCACAGUCUCGUCCUCGACACGGGACCCCUCAUCAAGAACGACCCAUCUAUCGAUGUCCUCCGCGCUCGAGCCGAACAGUUCUACAUCCUCCCUUCCGUAAUCCCCGAAAUCCGCGACGCUGCCACGCGCACGAGAGUCGAGACGGCGGUCCUCCCGUUCGCUACAGUGCGGGCGCCCAAACCCGACAGCCUCAAGUUUGUCAUCAACUUUGCCCGACGCACCGGUGAUCUCGAAGUCCUCAGCAGGCCUGACCUGGAGGUCCUGGCUCUCACGUAUGAACUUGAAUGCGAGCGAAACGGCGGAGACUGGCGUCUGCGCAACACGCCUGGGCAGAAGACCCUGAACGGGUCGGCACCAGGCCGCGACAACGGAACCAGCAAAGCAGAGAAGAGACAAGAAGAUGUGACAAAGGAUAUCCCAGACGGCGACACUCCCACCGACACCAACACAGAAUCUACCAUCGAUAUCUCACCGGUAGAGGUCAACUUGAAUAGAGAGGUCGAGAAGCUUAGUCUCGAGACUACUGAGGCCCCUGCAAAUGUAGAUGCUGAAAAGGGCGAGAAGUUCAGUGCUGCACAGGGUGAGAGUGUCCUGGCACUGGAGCCGGCGGCGGGGUCCCCUGUUGAUGGCAAAAAGGCCGAUGAGUCUGUAGCCGCAGAGGAACAGACUGAAGUAGUGGAACAUGAGAAUGAUGAGGAAGAUGAUGACGACGAAGAUGAUGGCGGCGGUUGGAUCACCCCGUCCAACCUGAAGAAGCAGAAGGCCAAAGACGACAUCGGUUCUACAAUAAUGGGAAAGCAGCCCACGACACUGCAAGCCGCGGUCCUGACGUCCGAUUUUGCCAUGCAAAACGUGGCACUCCGCAUGAAUCUGAACUUGGUGGCGCCCUCGCUGGCGCGCAUCUCUCGGCUGCGCACCUGGGUUCUCCGGUGCCACGGAUGCUUCAAGACGACACGGGACAUGGAGCGACGCUUCUGCCCGACGUGCGGACAGCCCACUUUAAUCCGCACGGCAUGCACCAUCGACGACCGGACUGGUGAGCUGAAGGUGCAUCUGAAGAGGAACUUCCAGUGGAACAACCGUGGCAACGUCUACAGCGUGCCCAAGCCGGUGGCCGGUUCGUCAAACGGGCGCAUGCCCAAGGGUAAAGGGAAGCACUCUGCCGGGGGCAAGAACGGGUGGGGAGCGGACCUGAUCCUCGCCGAGGACCAGAAGGAGCACACCAGGGCAGCGGAGGAGCAGCGGAGGUCGCGCAAGAAGAACAUCAUGGACGAGGAUAUGCUGCCGGGUAUACUCAGCGGCAGGAGGGAUGGCGGCGGCGGCAGGAUACGUGUUGGUGCCGGACGCAAUGUCAACUCUAGGAAGAGGAGUUAA